AUGUCGACGCUGUUAGGCUGGCUCGGCGGAGACGGCUUCAAAACAGCGUAUUUCUUUUUCCAAGGCUCACCUCUUCAGUUUCGGGUGUGUGCCAUCUUUCAGCUUUCUGUUGACGUGGCCAUCGUAGGACAACGGAUUGUCUAUGGUGACAAACCACCGCCAGAGGCACUCCCGGUGGACGAAGAUGUCGAACAAGCGCUUCGCCUGGACAGUGAUAUGGAAUAG